GCGCAGGCGCGGGAGAACUCUGUGGCAGUGCGCGUGCUCGGUGUAUCCCAUGCCGGUCCAGCACAUGCGCGGCCAAUUGAUCUUCUCGUCGGAUUGUCGGUGGAGAGACCCCGGGAAGAUGGCGGAGCAGGUGCAGACCCUGUGCGAGCAGCUGGUGAGGGCUGUCACCAUCAUCAUGGAACCCGUCUCCACCCAGGAACACCGGCUGGAGGCUUUGAGGUUCUGUGAGGACUUCAAGGAGACCUGCCCCCUGUGCGUGCCCUGUGGUCUGCAGCUGGCGGAGAAGACGCAGCCCCCCGUCAUCAGACACUUUGGUCUGCAGGUUUUGGAGCACGUUGUCAAGUUUCGCUGGAAUGCCAUGGAACGAGGGGAGAAGGUGUGCCUGAAGGAUAGCGUGAUGGGCCUCAUCGCUGGUGGCAUUCGCCCCAUCUUAGAGGAAGAGGGCCACAUCAAGGACGUGUUGGCCAGGAUUGUGGUGGAGAUGAUAAAGCGGGAAUGGCCUCAGCACUGGCCGGACAUGCUGAGCGAGCUGGACGCUCUCACCAAGAACGGGGAAGUUCAAACGGAACUGGUCAUGUUCAUCCUCUUACGACUGGCGGAAGACGUGGUGACAUUUCAAACUCUGCCAACCCAGCGGAGGAGGGACAUCCAGUCUACCAUGACACAAAACAUGGACAAGCUCUUCACCUUCAUGCUGGGAAUCCUGGGAGACAGCGUGCACCACUAUCAGCAGCUGAAAGGAGACCCAACACAGAAGGAGAAGUGCCAGGGACUGUGCCGGGUGGCGUUGGCAACUCUGAACACACUGGCAGGAUACAUCGAUUGGGUGUCCAUCAAUCAUAUCACCGCGCAGGACUGUAAACUGCUGCAGAUGUUGUGUCUGCUGCUGGCUGAAGAGGAUAUGCAGGUGGAGGCAGCCGAGUGUCUGCUCAUCGCUGUCAGCAGAAAGGGAAAGUUGGAGGACCGAGCACCUCUCCUCAACCUGUUUGCAGACAGUCCCAUGCACUUUAUCAUGACGGCUGCCCAGAAGGCUCACGGGGAAGGCUUACAGGAGAAGCGCUACAUCUUCCUGAAGAGGCUUUGCCAAGUGGUGUGCGCUCUGGGCAGUCAGUUGUGCACCCUGACGGCGUCUCCCGAGAACAAGAUCAAGAUCCCGAUGACUUUCGGCAAAUACCUGAAAUCUUUACUGGAUUUCACUGCGCACCCCAGCCAGUUCCUGAAAUCUUCCACCAUGAUGACGUGGGGGUCUCUCUUCAGACACGAAUUACUAUCGAAGGACCCAGCUCUUCAGGCCAUCGGUCCAGAAUUCCUGCGAGUUUCUAUGAGUAACAUAGUCCGGAUGGGCUACCCUUCCAAGAACAACAGUCCCAGCUGUGAAUAUUCCCGACUCGACUUCGAUAGUGACGAGGACUUUGUAAACUUCUUCAACUACUUUAAAGCAAUGAUGGGGGAUGUGAUGAGACAAGCGUGCCGUUUGAAUCCUCAUGCCAGCUUUCGUAUGGCGGCUGAAUGGCUUCAGUUCCAGCUCUCUGCUCCGCUGGACCCAGGACCAAAUAGCUCCAAGGCUGGAGAAGGACUCUGCACCCUCUUGUCACCCUCAUUCAUUCAGUGGGAUGCCAUGACGUUUUUCUGCGAGUGUGUCAUCAAUCAGAUCCUGCGAGUGCUCCCCAAAGAGGACCUGCCCGUCUCUCAAGGUGUGGAACUUCUCCAAGCUGUGCUCAACUAUCAGAUCGAGGACCCCCUGAUCCUGUCCUGCCUCCUCACCAACCUCUCUGUGCUCUUCCCCUUCGUGCGCUAUACGAAUGGCUUCAUGCCUCGCGUCCUGACCAAGCUAUUCUCCGCCGUCACCUUUGAGCUGAAUCAUAAGGGUCCCCGAACCCGCCCGGUGAAGGCCGUCCGCCGCCAUGCCUGCUCUUCUAUUAUCAAGAUUUGCCGUGAUUCUCCAGAUCUGGUUCUGCCUCACUUCAACCUCCUGAGCACCCAAGCCAUGCUCCUAUUUAUGAACGAGCAUCUCAGUCAGAUGGAGAAAUAUUCCAUGCUGGAAGUCCAGGUGAUGAUAAGCAACCACUUCAACAAUUAUGAGAAGCAGCAAGAGUUCCUGGCGCAGCUGCUGAGUCCGGCCACCUCCGUCUGGUCAUCCCCGGAAACACAAAGAGCCAUAUCCUCCCCAGAUGAAUUAAUUUCUUAUGUUGGAGCUAAAAUCCUGAAAGGACUAGAGGAAGAGGAGGGACCUUGCCAGACCAACCGCUCUCAGCUGGGUUUCUGCUUUUUUGCGGUGGAAGGGGUGCUGCGAAGAGCCCGAUGGCCCAGUGAUCCUGAGGCAGCAAAAGCUGGUGGAUUUGUUGUUGGCUACACCCCAGAUGGAAACCCCAUUUACCGCAACCCCUGCAGUCAGCAGGUGCUCAAACUUCUGGACAGCAUCUUCUCCCUGGUGCGGACGUUCAACAAUCUGUACCUUCCUGAGGUUGUCCAGAGGAUGGGUGAUUUCUAUGCCAAGUGUUUGGACAUGAUGGAGAUGGAGAAGAAGUGCAUCUUGGGGUUGACGCAGCCUAUCCUGGACACAUAUGACAUCCCCGUGUACCGGAGUACAGAGGAGAGGAUGCAGGGCUUCUUCUGCUCCAUGUUUGACAGCUGCUACCAGACCUUGGGAAACCUCGGACCGUCCCUGUCGCAGGACUUUUAUUCUAUUCCGGACUUGGCAGUUCGUCUGGUUAAUUCGGCUUUCUGCAAUCUCAGCAAUGUGCCGGACUUCCGCCUGCGAGUCAUGCUGCGUCUGUUUGUGAAGCCGCUUAUCCUGUCCUGUCCUCCAGAGAAGUACGAGAGCCUUAUAUGUCCCAUCAUGGGUCCACUGCUGAACUUCCUGCACCAGAGAUUGUCACAGAAAUGGUUGACAAGCAGAGGAGAAGAUUACGCAGAAGUAAACACAGAAUCUUCAGAGAUCCUGGAAAUCGAGUUGGCACGGCUGCUGACCAGAGAGAUGGUGGAUCUGCUUGUUAGUUGCUGCGUGUCCAAGAAAACCUCCGAGCAAAGCGCAAACAAAGUGGAGGUGGACGGACUGCGUGGUGUGAAUCAGGCUGAAGCAGAGGAUGAGGAGAUGAUGAAUCUUGAAGUGCCAUUACCAGGAUCUCUGGAGUUAACCGAACUUGGCAAGUUUCUGAUGUCGAGCGAGGAGGUGUCCUCCCCUUUACUGAUCAGUGCCUUCAGCCCCCUUGUCUGGAUGGACACACCAGCCUGUCAGAAAGCCGCUACUCAGCUGUGCUGGCCCCUGCUAAAACAGGUGAUCUCCGGUUCUCUGCCCUCAGAAGCUGCUCUUUGUUUCUUCACAAAUAUUCUGCACGGUCUUCAGACACACGGUCAGCAUGAAGCCUGUAAUGCCUCCCUGGUGAGCCUGUCGUUCCAGGUUUAUGAAGCUCUGCGUCCACGCUUUCCGGAGCUGCGUCUGGUGAUAGAACAAGUCCCAGAGGUCCAGCUGGAAUCCUUGCAGCAGUUUGACACCAAACUUCUCUCCUCGGGCCAGAAGGCAUCGGAGAAGAAGAGGAAGGAUCACUUUCGCCGACUCAUCUCCGGGUGUAUCGGGAAACCUCUUGGCGAGCAGUUUCGGAAAGAAGUUCACAUCCGGAACCUUCCCUCCUUAUUCCAGAAGAAACCUCGCCCGGUGCUUGAAGAAUCGAUCCUCGGAGGCUGCGCAGAAGCUCUGCCGUCAUUAUUUCAGCAGUGAUCUCCGGCUCGGUUCCCUGGACCCGCCGGAUGGAUUCUCCCGAACCACAUCCCCCUUACGUCUCUGGACACGGGGUCACUACAGAGAAGAGCAUGCUGGUCUCUGACCCGCCUGCAGCUUCUUCAUCUCUUCUCCCCCUAUGGGGGUCUGAUAUUCAAUAAACUAAUAUAGACAUUCCCUGCCAGCGGUUAACGGUGGUGUUGACUGCCCAGCGCUAGUCAGUCCCCUCAUCUGGGACUCCAGCGAUCACGGGCCGGUGUUGGAAGAUCCGUCGGGGCUGAGGCGAUGCCAUGCCAGCAGCAGCGGCGGCGUCUUGUACAAUAUUUGUGUUCUCGAAUGAAGGAGGGUGAUAAUAUUAGAGAUAAUAUCUCUGCAACUACCAACCAAAGCACCUCCGGUGUCCAGCGUCCUUCAGUGGGAGGAGCUAUUUAUUUCAUGACCAAACAUGUUUUUUUUUAAAUCAUUUUCAAGAGAUGAAAUUCAUACCGCUGCCAACUUCCGAUUCCCAUGAUCCUUUGCCAUUGACCAGACAUUGAUUUGGUAGUUGGCAGACUUUAGGAUCGAAGGGUUUUUUGUUUGUUUUUUUUAUCAAUUCUGGUGCAGUCGCUCCGUC